AGAAAAAAUAAAAAUAGAAAAUUAUAUAUUUUGCUGCUGCCACAACCAACCUGCCGUAAACUUAGCCACUCCAAGAGAAAAAAGAAACUUAAAUAAAAAUUCCUUUUUAAUAAAUUAAAACUAGAAAAAAAGUAAAAAAAACGCAACAAAAUGGUCAUAAAAUUUGAUACACAAAAAACCAAACAUCAACUCUUCCAUUUAUCCAUUAGUUUGGGUGUAAUAUUGAUCUGUAUGACCUAUAUGCAGUAUCGCAGAAAUUGGACGCACCUAGGAAGUUUUUGGGAUUCACUCAUUAUACCCAUAGUCUUUACCGGCGAAAUGCUUAAAGUUAUACUUUGCUGCUAUUAUGGCCGUCACGAUGAUCCUUUGCUAACGCAAAAGCAAAAACAAAAAAAGGCUGCCUAUUUUACGCCCAAAGAUUUAGCUAGCGGUUUGCUAUUGCAAUUUUUGUGUACACUAUUGUAUGGGUUUGUGUGUAUAAUUUUGGGAGCGCCUGUUCUACAGAAUUAUGAACAAACAUUUGUACUAUCAUUGCUGCUGACACUGCUGUCCGUCUCCCCUACGGUAUUUCUGUUGGGCGGUGGCGGUGCUUUGCAGGUGUGCUUCUGUGAAAAACCCGAUUUUCUAACAAAAAGUGAAGAGACUGCAUUGCAUUUGUUUAAGUAUAAUGCCAUUGGUGGUAUUUUGGGUGCCUGGGCUGGUUCGAUUGUUUCUCCACUGGAUUGGGAUCGUGAGUGGCAAGCUUAUCCCAUACCCAAUGUUGUGGGUGCCUUAUUGGGCAGUGCUUUGGCUAAUAUAUAUGGCUGCUCUUGUGUUUUGUAUGCUACUGGUAAAGCGUAUAUGAAUAAAAAACGUUCUUAAAAUGUUGCGUUAUGAGAA